UCAAUCGAUCACGUACUUCGUGAAACGCAUAGGAAAAAUAGCACCCGUGAAUAGAUUUGUAAAGGCGGCAGGUGAUAUCGAGUUAUGACGCAAUUUUUAGCCCGUUAUUCGUGAGUACCACCCCCGUGAGCGAAGUCUUUCAACCGUCACCUGGUCAUAACCGAACCUCACUGACAGAUUCAAUCAUUCACAAGGAACAAUUUAAAUACCGGUCGUAGCGCUUGGCACCAAAGAGCCGGAAGAUCGGAAGAUUGUUGAAGGCGCGCAAUUUGCGACAGAGGUCUUCUAGGCAUUCAUGACUAUUCUGAACAGAAUGGCGCGCCGAAGGAGUGCUCUACCAGUGAUUUCCGAGCCAAUGUUGGAUCCAAAACGCCUAGAGGCCUUGCUGGAAGAUGAAUCGAGACGAAGGAACUCUACCAACUCAAUGCAUUUGAGUCAACAACUCAAUGACUCAUUGGAUGCGAACUCAAACGAAGAGGCAGGCUUGGAGAACUCAGGUCAAACAGAGAGGUACAAGUUAUGCGUCGUUGGCGACAGUGAGUGCGGAAAGACGAGUCUGCUGAAUGCACUCGUUAGAAGUGAUUUUGAAGCAGAAGAAUCUUGCAUUUUUGGCGAAUGCGUGGCAGAUAUCACCACAGAAGAAAAUAGAAUAGAAGUUAUGCUUUGGGAAAUAUCAGGCCUAGAGGACUUUGAUAGCAUCAGAAAGGAGAUGUACCGUGACUCUGACGUCAUUCUCAUUUGUUUUGAUAUUGGUCAUCCCCCAUCAUUAACAAGCGUCGUUGAGAAGUGGGUCCCCGAGAUCAGUAACGCAUGCCCAGGAGUUCCCUACUUGUUGAUUGGCUGUAAGAAUGACUUGCGCACUGACGCGGCUCUGCAGCUCUAUCUGACCGUGCCGGGUCAGGUGUCUGAGGAGAGUGACAGCAUCAACAGACUCCAGGCUAUUUCAGUGGCACAGUCUAUCGCCGCACGUGAUUAUGUAGAAUGCUGCGCCAAAACACGCUGGAAUGUUCAAGAGGUGUUCAAGAGUGCCGCCGUUGCUAUUCUGCACAAGGACGACGAGAAAGCUCCGGAAGAUACAAACAAAUCUCAAUCGGUACUUCGAAGAUUUUCGUGGUUCCAUCGGAGAUCUUUGGGAUCUGAUGUAAAUGACUGCAACACCGUUGCUCGUUCAGUUUCAGGUAGUCGGCGACGUUCCCUGUUUUCAACAAGCUAACAGGGAAGUUCUCGACUUAAAGAUCCUGAUGUAUUGUUCGAGUCAUUUGGGAAGGUCAUCUUUUUUCUUUGCGUCAUCCAGGAAAAGUGGAUAACGUCGCUUCAAAUUUUGAAGUCGUUGAUUUCUCAAAUGAAUCAUUUUGAAACCCAGAGUUCUAUGAUUUCCAGACGGUAGGAUAUCAAUAGUUAAAGAAGACUCCGUUUAUUUAUAGUUAAAGUCAGAAUCGCAACAAUAUUCAUGUAAACAGUAAGGUCAAUAUGGCUUGAUCCAGCUUGCAGUAUUUCUCUUCUUCGACUUUCGUAUGUGAUUUUGGUAUAAGAUAGUGGAAGUGUUUUGAGCGCCACUGUGAUUUGCCAACCGAAGAUGUCUGCAUCAAAAGUUUCGUCAUUUUUGAACUGAUUUGACUUUAUGAUAUUGCCGCUUACAGAAUGAGUCUAUUUCGAUUAAAAGGAGUUAAUUCGCUUUGAAAUUAAAUUAUAAAUUAUAUUAAGUUAUUAGUUUCAAACCAUGUACGAUUUUUGAUAGGUGUAUGGCUUAACUGAAAAGAGGACUUUCGUUUAUUGACAGUUUAGUAAAUUGGAAUUAGGUCGUUUAUCUAAAAGAAUACUCUGUUGUACCAAUAUUUCAUUUGAGGGAAAAGGUUUCAGUGUAUUUUGGAUAUUUAUAGCAUACAUUUUUCGAUACUUUUAGAAC